GAACAGCAGAUCUCAUAAUCUCGAAGCAGCUCUGGGGUUUGUUCCCUCACUAAGCUCUUCUAUCAAGGUUCCCACGCCUCUUUUCUUCUGCUCCUGCCGCAAGCCGCGACGUCCACACUCUCACGCCUAACCUUCAGAUCUCUUCGUGAUGGCUGAGACUAAGGAAACCUAUCAGGAGGAGGAGCUCGUAGAUUUCGAAGAGGAAGAAGAAGCCGCUCCCGACGCCGGAGCUGCUAAAACCACAGAGGCGGCUAGGAAGGGAUAUGUCGGGAUCCAUAGCUCUGGUUUCCGUGACUUCCUUCUCAAGCCCGAGCUGCUUCGCGCUAUCGUGGACUGUGGUUUUGAGCAUCCAUCAGAAGUGCAACACGAAUGUAUCCCCCAAGCCAUUCUUGGCAUGGAUGUGAUUUGCCAAGCCAAGUCUGGUAUGGGAAAGACAGCUGUGUUUGUGCUGGCAACGCUUCAGCAGAUUGAACCAGUAGCCGGGGAAGUGUCUGCGCUGGUUCUCUGCCACACGCGGGAGCUUGCUUAUCAGAUCUGUCACGAGGUUGAACGGUUCACCACAUAUCUUCCGGAUGUCAAAGUCGCGGUGUUCUACGGUGGUGUGGCGAUCAAGACUCACAAGGAUCUGCUCAAGAACGAGUGCCCGCACAUUGUGGUCGGAACGCCUGGCCGUAUUCUUGAUCUUGCUCGGCAGAAGGAUUUGAACUUGAAGCACGUUCGCCACUUCAUCCUCGACGAGUGCGACAAGAUGCUGGAAUCGCUGGAUAUGCGGAGGGAUGUUCAGGAGAUCUUCAAGCUGACUCCACACGACAAGCAGGUCAUGAUGUUCUCGGCGACGCUCAGCAAGGAGAUCCGCCCCGUCUGCAAGAAGUUUAUGACCGAUCCUAUGGAGAUUUACGUUGAUGACGAAACGAAGUUGACACUCCAUGGACUUGUUCAGCACUACAUUCAACUGAAGGAGAACGAGAAGAACAGAAAGCUGAACGAUCUUCUUGAUGCUCUUGACUUCAAUCAAGUCGUCAUAUUUGUCAAAUCGGUGAACCGGGCAGCUCAGCUGAACAAGCUUCUGGUGGAAUGCAACUUCCCUGCUAUCUGCAUUCACUCUCAGAUGACACAGGAAGAGAGGCUGACCCGUUACAAGGCAUUCAAGGAGGGGCACAAGCGUAUUUUGGUGGCAACGGAUCUUGUCGGUCGUGGCAUUGACAUUGAGCGAGUCAACAUUGUCAUCAACUAUGACAUGCCUGAAAAUGCAGACACGUAUCUUCAUCGGGUUGGCCGUGCUGGUCGUUUUGGCACGAAGGGUCUAGCUAUUACUUUUGUGAGCUCAGAGGAGGAUUCGAAGAAGCUGGAUCAGGUUCAGUCACGGUUUGAGGUUGACAUCAAGGCCUUGCCUGAGCAGAUCGACACGUCUACUUACAUGCCUUCAUAGAAGCACCUUGCGACAUGGAACAGCACACAAGGGCUUUGUGGCAAGGCCAUACUCUUUUCCCGUCAGAAUGGAGGUGUAAUGUUUCCAAUGCUUGGGCUGUUAUGGUUGAUCCAUGCGAAGGGAACCCAAGCAUAUGAUUUAGCAACGUUUUAACCUCCUAAUUUGUCCUGCAGCAGUGAUAGUAAUCGUGUGAGUGGGAUGAUUUUUUUAAAAUUACAAAUCAAAAUUGAAAGAUUAU